UUCGAUUUUAUUUCGCUCCGGUAACUUGCGACAAGAAACAUGGCUAAGAAAUUACAUUAUUUCGAUCUGAAUGGAAUUGCGGAGUCUAUCAGAUAUUUGCUUCAUUACGGAGGUCAAAAGUUCGAAGAUAUUAGGUACGAAGUGAAGACGUGGCCUGAUAACAACAUCAAAGAUGUACUGCCAUUCGGCCAGCUACCUUUGUACGAGGAGGGUACUAUGAAGCUGACGCAGUCGUUGGCUAUUGCCCGCUACAUUGCUCACAAAGUGAACUUGGUCCCCACUGACCCAUGGGACCAGGCUGUACUGGACAGCAUUGUAUUCACCAUUUACGACUUUUGGGCAAAGGUUGUAGCAUACUUCAAGGAACAAGAUCCUAAAAGGAAGCUUGAAAUGAAAAGGGAAUUAUUAGAAGAAACUAUUGACUUCUACUUCACCAGAUUUGAGAAGCAUCUGAAGGAUAACAAGGGAUACUUCCACGGAAAGUUAACUUGGGUUGACUUCGUGUUGAUCGGCAUUGUUGAGGCUACGAACUUGUUCCUUGGCGUGAAUAUUGAAAAGAAAUAUCCCGCCGUGGACACUCUCAUGAAGAAAAUAUUUACUCUUCCGGGAGUCAAAGAAUACGUCGCGACAAGGAAGCCUUACGUUCUCUAAAUAUUUGGACAUCGUUUGUUUCUACAUAAACGUAUUUAUUUAAAAUA